CUUUGGUCUGCCAUUAUAGAAAUUCAGCCAUAUUGGUUUAGUUAGCGGACAUGUUUGUUCCGCCAUAUUAGGUCAACCAUAUUUUAUAAACAAUUUGAAAAUAGUAUUGUACAAAAACCCCAAAAAAGUAUAAAAUUUCUAUAGAGUUUUGUAAGUGAUUUUAAAGUAAUAAAUGGCGGAUCACAAUAAUAUUAUGUGUGAAGUUGAAAUACAACCGGACAUACAAGAAUGCGUGGAAAUUGAAACAAUACCGGUAGAUAUGCCCUGUGAAACGGUGGAAACAAUUGUUGAGUGUGUUGGUGUUGAGCCUAUGAUCGCACUACAGCCAAUUAAUGAGAAUAGUAGGGACGAUUUAGUUUUACAAACACAAGAGGAAAUUAUUGACGAUUCAGGGGAUCCGUUAGGAGUGUACGAUGAAAUACCAGUGCCUGAUGCCUCUGAAAUAUAUGUUGAAUCAUCACCAGGUCCAUCAAAACGUAGAAAAACGAAUUCAGGUAGAAAUAGAUCUGUGAUGCGAGGUGUUCGUGAUAGUUCGAAUGAGUUAUUGGGUUUACAUGACAUUCCACUUGAAUCCAAAGCUAGAAAAUGGGAACAGAAACAAGUACAAAUUAAAACGAUGGAGGGUGAAUUUUCUGUCACUAUGUGGGCUUCUGGUACAGAUGAUGAUGAAGGUUCAAAUCCAGAACCUGAUCCAGAUUAUACCGAAUACAUGACAGGAAAGAAAAUACCGACAGAAGGAAUACCUGGAUUAGAUUUAAGUGAUCCUAAACAAUUAGCUGAAUUCGCGAGACCGGGACAUAAAGCAAUGGUUAGCAAAGUAAAAAAACAAUCAAUCGACAGCAUGGAUAGAACUAUUGCAUGUCCACAUAAAGGCUGCUGUAAAAUGUUUAGAGAUAAUAGUGCCAUGAGAAAACAUUUACACACGCAUGGGCCUCGAGUGCAUGUGUGUGCUGAAUGUGGUAAAGCGUUUGUAGAAAGUAGUAAAUUAAAACGACAUCAACUUGUACAUACCGGUGAAAAACCUUUUCAAUGUACGUUCGAAGGAUGUGGGAAACGAUUUUCAUUGGAUUUUAAUCUUAGGACACAUGUCAGAAUUCAUACCGGUGAUCGACCGUACGUAUGUCCGUUUGAUGGAUGCAAUAAAAAGUUUGCUCAGUCAACAAACUUGAAAAGUCAUAUCUUAACACAUGCCAAAGCAAAAUCGAGAAACGCUAUAAAUAGAGGCGCUGUCAUGCAAACAAUGCAGCCACAAUUCGUACAGGUUGAAGUAGCUGAUGUCGACAAUUCACAAUUUAUUGUAUAUGCUGAUUAAUAAAAUAUAUAGGGGAUGAAAUCCUAUAUUCUCAG